AUGGCGGUUACCGCCCGUCCUACCCUGGAACAAAUCAACGAUGGCCCCAACGACCAGCCAGCUAAUGACGGGCACCUAUUUCCACCCACAGGGCAAUUGUCGUUCCUCGAGAGAUUACCCGCUGAGAUCAUUCAAGAUAUUGCGUCUUAUCUCUCAGCUCAAGAUCUCGGCUGCCUGGGUGCCACUUCCCAGGCCCUCGUCGAUCAUGCAUCGAAUGACUUGCUCUGGGCCAAACUGGUGAAUGAGAGACUACCUGCUCCUAUCCAAAGUUCAGGUCCCUUUGGGUCAUUUCGCCGUCUCUAUCUUGCAUAUCACCCUUGUUGGUUCAUUCCUCAGCACAAGGUCUGGGUCGCAGACAAUGAACAUACGGGGAUGCUGAUCAUAGCUCGAUAUGAUAAUCUUCGGGGUGUGAUUGAAGCAUACCAGGUCGUUGCAGCACGUGGCACUCCUGAAUUUCAAACAUGGAUAUCACAUCCGGAAGUUAUUAUUCAGUCCUUUGAACCUAAUGUACAUCUGGACAUGGGUGAUGAUCCUGUCCUGUCUCUCAACGACCCUAAUCCGUCCUCCCGAACAGCCCCAAUCCAAUCCUUACAAUCAAUGAAAGAGAAACGACAGAUGUCCAUGGCUUCGCAUGUCCAGCAUAUCUACAAACCACUGUCGUUUUGCUCUGAAUUAAGCCCCCAAGGACCUUGGGUUAACCCCGAUGUGCUUUGGCCGCCACAAACCAUCCCGAGUAAUGCACGCACAGUUCGUGAUUUGGAGGACUCUCCCCCCCCAAUACUGAAUCAUUCGUCGGAAUUGUCAGAAUCAUUCUUCCGUGUCAGGAAGUGGGUAAACCCAGGGCUUAUGUUUUCACAUCCACCAAAGCAAGCGAAUCUAACUUGCUCAACUCUCGAUCCUGUCCUUUACACUCCCACUCCUGAAAAACCUUACCAGGGCAUUUGGAUUGGAGACUACUCAGCCCAUGGGUGUGAAUUCCUGCUUGUUCUUCAGAAAGAUACAACGACUGUAGCACACGGUGAUGAAAACGAGUCGCAGAUAAUGGACACGCAAAACGAGGUCGAAUACGGCGACCAAGAAAAUAUCGAAGAUAUUGGACAGCGAGGUCAGUUGCAAGCUGUCAAACUGACCGGUGACCCCAAUGUUCCUCGUGGCCAGUUCUCGUUUGUUGCCGAAGAUAUUGGCUCCAGAGGCUUGAUUAGUGUCGAGAUGGAAGAGCCUUUUGUCGGCGCCCGAAGUGUUCGUUGCCGCGGUCAUGUAGCUGGACUUGGGUUCCAUGACGACACCUACAUUGACUCCCAACUGAUCCUUAUUUCUCCUGACCACAUGGCUCAUUACUGGAGGGAAAUGGGCCAUGUCUCCUAUUACCACCGUGUGGACAUUGACGCUCUACUACGUACAUGUGAGGCUCAUAUGUAA